AGUUAAGUUUGAAGAGUUUUUCCCGUUCGAAAUUGCGUCUGUUCAGUGUUUUAAAUUUAAAUAGUUGAUUUUAUGGGUAGAGGAUAAUAUACAUAUAUCGUAAUUGAGUGAAAGUGCAGUUUACGCUAUUGAUAAAUGAGUUGUUUGCAAGUUCAAGUACUUAGAAUACUGUGAGAUUCGUGAUGCUAUGGCUUCAUCUCAAGAGUUUCUGCGUGUCUACCAGCCACCCACUACGGGAAGUGGUCAAGGCCUUUUGACGACCGUUGCUCAACUACCUACCAAAUAUAAAAUUCGUUAUUUAACACACACCGUAGAGAGUCCUUUGGAUCUUUCGGUAAAACCAACUACGGAAACUAUUUGUGGACCAAUCACCCCACCGCCUUCACCCCCGAAAAAACGUUAUCGUGAUGAGAAUUUCAACACAGGAAUCAAUGGAAACAGCAGCGAUAGCACGGAUGAGACUACAAAAAUUCUCAAAGCGGAACUACAGCUAACAAUCCAAAAGGAAGUAACACCUCAGAAGCCAAUAAAAGUCUCAUCGGUUCAAAGGACCUCUAAAUCACAACCUCCAAUUAAUAAAGAUAAAAAAAGUAAAGCGAUGCGAAAAUUGAAAUUCGAUGAGGAUACCAGCUCUCCUGUCUCCGGAACAAUCAUCCGUCCACUCGAGGAAAUUGGUGAAAACUCUCUGGACCAACCUGGUGACAUAGACCCUCAGUAUAAUAUUGUGGAAGUGACAGAGGAAGCCAAAGCUGAACUGGCAAUUAUUAAAAAUGUAAUUGGUGCCUACGUUUGCAAGCUAUGCCGAAUUGAAUUCGAUGACGCUUUUGGCCUAGCUCGACAUCGGUGCUCGUGCAUUGUCCUUUUGGAGUACCGAUGUCCAGAAUGCGGAAAGCGAUUCAACUGUCCCGCUAAUUUGGCUUCACAUAGACGUUGGCACAAGCCCAAGGACGAAGUGUUGAGGAAACAAAACGAGAACAACGAAAAUGAACCCCAGCAUCGCUGCAUGGAAUGUGGGAAAUCCUUCAAGCGCCAGGCCUACUUGAGAAAACAUAUGCUGACCCAUAAAAAAGAUAAUGUUUCGCCUGCCAUAAGUAGCGAACACAAUUCAGUACAAAGCUCACGAAGCUCAUUAUUAACAUAUCGUACAGAUGACUCAAAUUCGGGUGAAUCACAUCUUUCAAUUGCAGCCGGAGAUAGCAAUAAUAGUGUCCAUUACAAGGAGUAUAAGGAGUAUCAGGAAAAUCGUUACUACAAAUUUGACUCUGAGGAUAUGGAAUCGCGGUCUGACUGUUCUUCGCCCGGUCGAUUGAGGAUAGUGGAGAACUCUUUAACGGAAGAGGAGAAUAUCGCAGCUGCAGCACUCGCGCACCUGAGGAAUGGACCAUCUGUUAUCCAGCAUACCACCGCCGCUGUUACGGGAAUGGUAUUCUAAAUUGUGAGUGGAAAUGUGAGUAGACGUUUUCCUAUUCUACGAAAAGUUACUGUCUGGAGAAAAGUGAUAGAAAGAUAUGAAGUGGAAUAUUGCAUACAAAGAGUUUCUAGGUAUUUCGAAGAGUUAAUUUCACUGGAGUUAAUAAAUGCUAUAAAAAAAACAAUAUUUUCCACGGAAGUAUUAGUAAAGUCUAUAUACCGGCAAUAGUCCACAAUCCUAACAUCAAUAAAAUCUGUUUUUUUUUUUUAAUUAAGGAAAAUUCGAGAAACUAUCAAAUAGAGUCGGAUUUAGAUACUCUACUAUUACUAUUUAGAAUUCUAUUUGAAUUUUACCGGAUUGAAGUCGCUCAGUGCUGAUAUGCCUUUACUACCCUUUUCAUUUAGUUGCUUUUAUUCCACUUACAAAAAAAAAAUAAAUUAUUACGAAUAUUAGCAGAAGUACCCUUUCACCUACCCCAAACCCUUUGUAUGCAAUGCCGGAGACAAUUGAAAGCAGGGUAUUCUGAAGAAUAAAAAAUAUUGUUUUACACAAAUAAUUUCCAUUCAAAUAAGUUUUAUAAUCUUCACUGUACAUCCCAACAUGUUCUUAUAAUGUGUUUCAUUUUUUUUAAUUUUAUAAGUGUAGCCCAAUAAGUCUAUGCAAAUGAGUGGUUAAAAAUUAUCUUACGAAACCGCUACUUUAUACUGCCCAAUAUAGUUUGUAAACAAAUAUCUGCGAUUACUCGAGUUAUUUAGCAUCUAAGUUCGUUUUCCCAAAGACCUAGCUUUUAACAUAUAAUAAUUUAUUUAGAUAUAUAUUUAAUCAAUGCAAUAUACCGAAUAACCACCGAAAAAUUUCAAAAUAAAAAUUAAAUUUCCAUUUUCAAAGAACCUACAAAUAACAAAUUAUACAAUUCUAAUCAGUUCUAGUCAACAUCUUUAAAAUAUUUUGGAUGUUAUAAAAAAUUAAUUCCUCCUCGAUUAUAAAUAGAUUUAUAAUUUUUUUGAAUUAAUUUUUAUUUACUUCCUCCCCAUUCCACAUAUUCAGAUAAAAAUGCUCAUUAUUAAGAAGACAAGCAAUCUAUUAAAUAUACAAUCCAAUGGGACCAUAAUUUGUCAAUUUCCAGUUAAAUAAUAACAACAAUACAAUAUAAAUAUUUACAGUAAACUAUCCAUUCAAUUGAUAUUUCAACAUUCAAACUAGUUUGGCAAAAAUCUGUUUUCAGGACUCUUAAAGUGUGCAAACAUAUUUUUGUAAAAAAGCAUCAAAUUCAACAGCAGCUGGAAUAAGUACAAAUUAAUUUAAACUAAAAACCAUUUCACUACAUGCUAUUAUUCUCACUUGUACAUUAUCUUUUAUUAUAUAUUAAUUCUUAUACAAGUUCUAAUUUUAAUGUAAAAACUUUGGUUUUACCAAAAUAACCAAAGAAGAUGAGUUCAAUCUAGUCAAAUUCCAAAACGGAGUAAUCGUGGAUCUAUUUCUUAUAAUUUUACGUAUUAAGUAUGUAUAAUUUAAUCAAAUAUAGAUAUCAGUCUAUUUUUAAAUUAGAAUUUCAAUUAUCUUUCAGUUAGAGUUAAGAAUGUGUAAUGAUGUAAGGAAGCCCAACAAAAUAUAAAUACAUAUUUUCUAAAAAGAAAAUUAACGAAAUGUGAUAUUAGAAACUAAAUAGUUAUUGUAUGAUAAUAUAAAAAUGAUAUGUAAUUAUUUAUAUCAAUUAAUUGAAGACCUUAUGAGAAAAUGAAAACAUUGUCUAAAUUAUGAAUGCACAAUUAUUUAAUUUAUAAUCAUUUGUAAGGAAUUUGUAUUUUAAUGACAAAGAAAUAUAUUUUUCAAUAAAGUUCUAUAAAUUUUAGAAUUUUUAAAUCAUAUUCUUUCAUUUGCUAAUUUCUAUGUUAACAAUUUAUAUUUAGAUACAUGCUAAUUUGAUAUGCUGCCUCAACUAACCAAAUUAUAUAAGGAGAUAAUCUAGAGAUAUGGAGUUUGAAUCCCUGUGAGACGAACACUGUCUUUUGAGAAAAGAAUAUAGUAAAAUUACCAACGGACUAAAACUAUGCUAGUGAUCUUAUUUUAACAAUUGGUUAAAAUUGAUGGCACAUGUCUGCCAGCACCUAACUGCCGCUCUACUGAAGUGAUCCAUCGACAUAGGCUUACUUACUUUUAUGCUAGCCAAGCUUCGUUGGACACAGUGCUUCCCAGUUUUUUUUUGUUUUAUGGAUGGAGGUAGGAAUUUUAAAAAGACGUUACUACAUCAGGUUGCAGCAGUUUGUGGAAUUCUCGCCCACUAAAACCACCCUAACUUCACGGUCCAUAUCACCGCGGGACCAGCAUGACGUAUUAAUUCGAGGGAAUGGUUCAGGUCCCGGGGCGAAACGUGGAUUGGUACCCACGAUGGAGCAUAAAACCUGGGAAAUGCCUGCUGAACCAACA